UUCUUUCCGGGCGGUAAUGUACCGAAACCAAAAUCCACUCCGGAAGCGGAAGGAAACCGACUCGGGCGCUCGGCCUUCACGCCUCCCUACUUCGCCAGUUCAUUCCCCAGUCCCCGCGUCUCCCUCGAGUCCUCGACCAACCCACCCACCCAACCCAAGCUCGAAGCCGCGCACGCAACAGAGUCUUCCUCCUCCGAUGAGAUGAGCUUCGAUUCGACCACAUUAUGCACCAUCAAUUUUUUAUGCAAACUUGUCAUGUUUGAUCUGCCCAGCUGCUAGCUGAGAUGACUAGUUCUUAGCACCAUAGUUUUCACUAAGCCAUUACAACAAGGAGCUAUCUGCAAAUGCUGAGAGGCUUCAAGGUCAACAGUUAUUCCUCUGACGAACAGUUAUAGUCCUGUUGUGGCUGGGGCUUGCUCCUGAAGUUUUAUGAGGGGAGGAAGCUCAGAUGAAUUUUGCCGUUGCCAGGUGUGCCUUGGGAAGUACACACUACUUGGAGAUGAAGAAAAUCCACGAUUGUCAAUGUUUGAGCGACGGCUUCCCUGCUUUGGUUGUGGAAUAGGAUGGUGUUGUUUUCUCUUAGGUUUUCUGUGCCCUAUCAUUUGGUACGUUGCAGCUCUUCUUUAUUGCUGCAAGUACUACAAUCGGGACCCUCGAGAGCGACCUGGACUUGCUGCUUCUGCUUUUGUGGCAGUCAUCUUUACGGCAGCAACUAUAAUAACCCUUUCUGUUCUUUUGAUAUGCUGUGUAAACAAACGUUUCUUGAAUAGCUGUGCAAAUUGACUUGAACGAUUGCUGCAAGAUAUCUAUUGCAGAUCUUCAGCGGCUGAACUACUGACAGAAAUAUUCUUUAGAUUCUUUGGUCCAUUCAUUGUUGGAGUGCAAAAGGGAAAUCAAAGGAUUGUCUUUAGCAUGAUACAUUAUCAACUGUGUCAGGUAUUACCUGUGAGUGUAGAUUGCAUAUUACUGAACUUGUAGACAUGCCUGAACAUAUAUUUGGCAAUUCCUUAUGUCCCUGAAGUUUGUGAACAAUUCCGUGUUCAUAACUUUACCUAAGCAGAACAAUCAGGAAUUCGGGACAUUGAUCCAAUGAAUUUGAAAUUACUUGGGCGGAUU